CAAAAAUGCAAAGGACAUUUUAUGGAUUGUUUGACUGCAGAUACGCCAAUGCCCGGAAUUUCCUUGUAUGACAACUGGAAGUCAACUAAAGUAGAAUUAUGUGAUGAUGAAAAUUGUGCUCAAUGUGCUGAUGAUGGUGAGACUUGUUACAAAUAUGCUUUUAACAAUGGAAACCUAAACGGUGUUUUAUUAAAUGGAAAAUGCAAAUUAACUCCAACUGACAUUAUAUUGGAAAUUGUCGAUACUUAUGACCCAACUUAUAAGUUCUGUAAGUACAAAGAAGUCAAUUCUUUCUUCGAAGAGUUGGUACCAGCAUAUAACGAGACCACCAAUCUCGGAAGUAAACGCAAUCCAAUACUGAAAAGAAGUUACAUGUAUAAAACACAAACAAAUGGUAAUACCAAGAUAGAGUGUGCGAAAAACAACAGAGAUGUGACCAAAAAUUUGCAAAUGGUAAACAUUGCGCACUCUGUGCAACUGGAGCAAAAUACACGUCUGCAGGAAAAUACGUGUCAACCGACACAAUAUAAUGGACAGGGAAGAGAUGCAACAAAUCAAUGUGAAUGUAACGCUGGCUAUGUGACUGGAGUUAAUAAGAUUGAUGUCUGUGUACAAAAAAUUGAAGGUUGUUCAACAGAUGGUAAAUGUGUUGUCCAAAACAAACAAAUUAAUUGCUUGGCAUGUGAUAAAGAACACAUGGCAAUUGGAUUUGUUACAACACAAUGCUCGCAAUGUAUUGACGGAUAUUACAUGGUGACGAAAAAGUAUGUCAAGCGUGCAGUCACGGAAUUGGAUGGUAAUGCUAUUUUAAAUGGACCAGCUUCAGAACCGGCAAAGUAUUGCACAACUUGUAAAGAUGGCUUCACAUUCAAUUCAACUGAUGGAACAUGUGCAAGAUGUCCUAGUGUUUGUAAUGGUUGUGAAAUUAAAGAUGGAAAUAUUGAAUGUAAAGAAUGUAAGAACAAAAGAAACCCACCAAAAUGUGAGUAUGAUCAGGGUGUCUAUCUUGAUCCAAUACCAAUACAUGUGUUGCUUGCUUUAAUGAUCAAAAAGUUUGCAAAAAGGAAUGUCACUAUGGCAAUGGCAUUUACGUCCAUUGUACCGAACACGAACAAGUUUUUAAACUCCAAAGGCAAAUGUGAACAAUGCGCUGAAAAUUGCAAUGUUUGCACUGAUAAAGAGCUUUGCACCGUUUGUGAUCCAAAAACUUUUAGAACUGGUUUUACAUGUGAAAAGUGUGUCAAAUGGUAUUACUUGGAUGCCACUGAAAAAGCUUGCAAACAAUGUGACUCAAAAUGUGAGAAUUGUACAAGUGCAACAGAAUGUAAAAAGUGCAUUGAUGUAAACCGCAAGCCAGUUCCAAAAAAGAUAUGCAAAAAAUGUAAUGACGGAUAUUAA